ACAUCCAUAUGCACAACUUACAUGAGCGGCUGUAAAUUUCAAACGUGGGGAUUUUCAGUAACGCUUUCACGCUUCUCGCAUUACAAAACACUUUGUGAGGUUAAAAAAUUUGACAACCAUCAAACAAAUGAUGAAAUAAAACAAAAUUUUAAAUUUCUCCAAUUUAUUAAAUGAAGCCCGACUAAAAUGGAAAAAUCUAAGAAAUACAUCACAAUUUCCGUAGCGGCGUUUAUUUGUUACUGCAAUACACUCUGGGGCUCAUUCGUCUUCGACGACACCGAAGCAAUAGUCAAAAACAAAGAUGUGAUGCCUUACAUUCCACUAAACGAGAUAUUCCGAAACGACUUUUGGGGCAGCAAUAUCUCGCUUAACAGUAGUCACAAGUCCUAUAGACCUCUCACUAUUCUGUCUUAUAGACUGAACGUUUUAUAUUCCAAUAAUAAACUAGACGCAUUCCAAUUUCACGCAACCAAUGUGAUUCUUUACGGACUGUUAUGUUUACUCACCAUUCCCGUGUUUGAAUUGUUUCUCCGCAAAAAGAAAACUCAAAAAUCCGUUGACGACACUGCCUAUUUAUCAAGCUUGUUAUUCACAGUCCACCCCAUUCACACAGAGUGUGUCGCCGGACUCGUCGGCAGGGCCGAUAUUUUGUGCUCCAUUUUAUUCUUCAUUGUGAUAUUAUUGUAUGAUAAAGCAAUUAGCAAAAAAUCGUUUGUGUUACUUUGUAUCGUUGUGGUGACCACAGCGGCUGCUGUCUUAUGUAAAGAAACGGCGAUAACUGUUUUGGGCGUUUGUGUUGUUUAUGAUCUUUUUUUGUUGAAAAAACAAAGGAAAGAUUGGUGCGACAUAUUUAAUAUUUAUUUUUUUAUACGUACUGCGACUCUGGUUGUGACAGGAUUAGUCAUUUUGUUUUAUAGGUUUAAAAUUAUGAACUUCGAAGGCCCUACUUUUACGAGCAUCGAUAACCCAGCUGCGUAUGCCGACAAAGUUUUUAUUAGAAUAUUUUCCUACAACUAUAUUUAUUUUUUGAAUUUUUUGCUCUUGUUGUGGCCACAGUGGCUGUGUUUUGACUGGUCUAUGGGGUGCAUACCUUUGAUUGAAAGAAUCUCGGAUAAAAGAAUACUGAUCGUCUUGAUUUUCUGGAUAAUUACCCUCAUAUCUGUGCAUCAUUUGGCUAAAAAAGUCGUCGAAAACAGAUUCUUGGACGCUAAAACCAUGGCACUUGGUUUAAUAAUUUUCCCAUUUUUACCAGCUUCAAAUUUAUUCCUGAAAGUGGGGUUUGUGAUAGCUGAACGUACUCUACUAUUACCUAGCGCUGGGUUUUGUCUACUGGUUGUGAUCGGUUUAAAAAAAAUCCAGUCUUUUGCUCCUAGUCACAAAACGACUGUAGUUGUGUUAUUUUACACAGUUUGUGUCAUUUUUACCCUUCGCUCAAUUCAACGAAACUUCGAAUGGCUGCGAGAGGAAACACUGUUCACUUCAGCUCUCAAUGUGUGUCCUCUCAAUGCCAAAGUGCACUACAACAUCGCCAAAAUAGCCGGCGACCAAAACAACAAAACUUUGGCUUUAUCCGAGUAUAAAAAAGCCCUCGAGCUCAACCCGAACUACGAACAGGCGAUGAACAACUUGGCCAACUUAUUGCGUGAAGACCGGAAGUUUGGCGAAGCCGAAGCCUUGCUCCGCAAAGCACUUGAUGUUAGUUGUAGGCCAAAUUUCGCGGCCGCUUGGAUGAAUCUGGGGAUAGUUUUGACGAAUUUAAAUCGGACCGAGGAGGCCGAGCAUUGCUACAAAACCGCGAUCAAGUUCAGGAAUAAAUACCCGGAUUGUUAUUACAACUUGGGCAAUUUGUAUUUGGACCAAAAGCGCAACGACGAGGCUCUGGACGCGUGGGAAAUGGCCGUACUUUACCGCCCUUCGCACGUGGCGGCUUGGAGCAACACCUUGGUGCUCCUGGACAGUAUGAGACAAUACGACAAAGUGCUAGAGUUGGGAAUUACCGCCCUUAUCCACAACCCGAAAUCCCCGGCCCUGCAUUUCAGUCUUGCCAACACGCUGGGGAAAAUCCAGCGGUUCGAAAAAGCCGAAAGUCAUUUUCUGGAAGCGAUCAAUUUGAAUCCAAACAACGCUCUCUACCACUCGAAUUUAGGGGUUUUAUAUCACAGAUGGGGUAAAGUUGAUAAGGCUCGUGAGAUGUAUAAAAAGGCACUUCAGAUUGAUCCCCAUAUGAAAACGACCGAACUGAAUCUUCGCAAAUUGGUGAAUGCUCAAGAUUGAGGCAGGCAAUAAAUACUUUUGUAUCUGAUUAACUUGUGUGGUACUGAACGAAUAAAGGAUUGAGAGUU